CUCUGACCAUGAUGCUGGAAACACUGACAUGAGAGUAUCAUAUGGUCUUGAACCAUCCCGAGAGAGAGCUACAAAUACUUCAUGACUUCCUCCGGCAUCCGUCAACGCCAACGAUCGAAUCUCAACAUGCUCCCACCUCCCAGAGGCGACCGUCUCGCAGCGACCUUGGACUCUCAUGACACUCCCUCCAUAACGAACUUUACAGUCGGUAUCCCUGACUCUGUCUCUCGACCGGGACAUGAGCUUCACACCAACCCCUCUCGUUGGCGGACCAAGGAGUUCAUCUUUUACGCCAUGAUGUUCGUCCUGGUCGUACCGGUCAUGAUCUGGAUUCCAAUCCGACUCAGCUCCCCCACCAACCCGAACUAUCCACUAUACGCGCGACGGUUGUCCAAAGGAUGGCUCUUCGGUCGGCCCGUCGACAUGAGUGACCGACAAUACUCCUCGUUUCGUAACAACCUCUUCCCUCUACUCCUCCUCAGCUCUGUGCACUGUGGCUGUUCAUUCAUACAAAAACAGCUAGCAGCCUCGCCUCAAGCUCGAGCUCGAUUCAUCGCAAUCUUCUCCAUUUGUAUGCUUGUCGUUCUCCACGGUGUUUCGGCCUUGAAAAUCCUCACUAUCUUAUCCCUCAACUUUGCUGCAGCAAAAUCACCCAAAUCUGCCAUCGUGACCAAGACCUGGCCGGCGGUGUUGUUUAUGGUCAACAUGGGCGUACUCUUUCUCAACGAGCGGUUCGACGGGUACAAGCUAGGAGAGCUGCAUGCCAUGUUUGAUCCUCUAGACACUUUAGGGGGUAUACUUCCACGAUGGCAUAUCAGCUUCAAUAUCACAAUGCUGCGCAUCAUAUCAUUUGCCAUGGACUAUCAUUGGCGCAACACGGUCACCCCAGUGAAGACCCCUCUUCCCCAUGAUCAGUAUACUUUCAUUAAUUUCCUGGCAUAUAGCUUGUAUCCCCCACUUUACAUCGCGGGGCCAAUCAUGACAUUCAAUGACUUUAUGCACCAGCUGCAUAAAACAGUUGCAAUAUCGACCCGAGAGAAGGUUUUGUAUUCCAUCCGCUUCAUUUUCUGUCUUCUUACAAUGGAGUCAAUCCUUCACACCAUGUAUGUUGUAGCUAUCAAAGAUUCGAAGGCCUGGGAGGGGGAUUCUCCGGCAGAGCUAAGUAUGAUUGGGGUCUGGAAUCUGUUGAUUGUGUGGCUCAAACUUCUCAUUCCGUGGAGAUUCUUUCGGCUUUGGGCCUUGUUGGAUGGCGUCGACCCGCCUGAGAACAUGGUGAGAUGUAUGGCCAACAAUUACUCGACAUUGGGGUUUUGGAAAAGCUGGCAUAGGAGCUAUAACCUAUGGGUCGUAAGAUACUUGUACAUUCCCUUGGGCGGUGCGAAGCGCCGAUGGCUAUCGACACUGGUUGUCUUCACCUUUGUCGCCCUCUGGCAUGAUCUGUCAAUGAAGCUAUUGGCAUGGGGCUGGCUUGUCAGCCUCUUCAUUCUGCCUGAAAUCUUAGCCAGUUUCCUUUUACCAGCUUCCAAAUUUGGCGAUGCGUGGUGGUACCGCCAUCUAUGCGCCUCGGGGGGUGUCGUCAACAUGCUUUUGAUGACGUCUGCAAAUCUGGUUGGCUUCGUUCUGGGCUUGGACGGGAUGCGCUACUUCCUCUAUCAAUUGACCUCUUCUUGGGCAGGCCUCACUUUUAUGCUUUUCGCAUGCUUGUGUCUUUUCGUCGCCGUACAAGUCAUGUUCGAAUACCGUGAAGAAGAACACCGGCAAGGCCUGGAUCGUAAAUGUUAAACGCCUUCGAUAUCCUUGGUUCUCGUAACCCACCACCUUCCACUCAUCUCUACUUGCCUCGUUUACUCUCUCGUAUAUCCUCUGCAAGAUUUACUCGGACACCGGACACCGCACCGAGGCUAACGACGACGAAAUAUCCUUCUCGACCAGCUCGCGUGAUCAGCGCAUUCUUUUACAGCCUUCUGACAUGUCGCACACCUCGCAUGAUCCAACUGUUGCAUAGCCUUCAACCGUAUCUCUCCUUCCUCCAACCUCUUAGUGGAGUGAAGGCCAAGACGAGAGGGAAAGAAGAUAAAGGAGGUCGUUAGAUGAGGUUUGAACGACCUCAUCGGUCACGUCUUGAAACUCUCCACUGCCACCCGUUCCUUUGUUUCCCGUAGUGUUGCAGAUCUUGGAGAGCGCAGGGUGGAGAGAAGAAAUCUAUAUAUUAUUCUGCGCUGGUUCUUC